AUGGAGAAAACUCAAGACGGCGAGCCAGCCAAAACGCAAGGAGAGGACAUCAAGAUUGAUGUAGCGAGCGUCGAAGAAGUUUUCGUGGAUCCGGUGAUUGAGAAGCGUGCACGAUUCAAGUUCGACUGCAUUGUGCUUCCGGUCAUUGCGAUUUGCAUGUUGAUGGCAGGACUGGAUCGUUCAAACAUUGGCAAUGCACGAGUCAUGGGUUUUGAUGCCGAUCUGGGUCUUGUUGGGACGCAGUUCAACACGAUUUCUGUUGUUUUCUACCCUCUAUAUCUGGUAAUGGAGGUUCCAUGGACCAUGGCCAUCCAUAAAUAUGGAUACAACAGAAUCAUCGCCAUAAUGACGACGGGCUGGGGUUCGAUUACGCUUGGCUUUGGAUUCGUGAAAACCUACGAGCAAGCAGUUGCGCUGCGUGUUUUGCUCGGGCUGUUCGAAGCAGGGAUGAUUUCGGGUCUCGUUCUGGUCAUUUCCACCAUUUGGGCUCCUCAUCAACAAGCAAAGCGCAUCGGUGUUCUUUAUGUCAUUGGUGCUUUGACAGGAGCUUUUGGUGGGCUGAUUGCAUACGCAAUUCAGACCAUGGGGUAUAGAUCAGGCAUGGAGCCAUGGAGAUGGCUUUUCAUCAUUGAAGGCAUCAUCUCCUGUAUUGUCGCCAUCAUCGUAUUCUUUGCUAUGCCCCUCAAUCCUGAGGAGGCGUGGUUUCUGAACAAGGAAGAAAAGGAGACCAUGGCAGCACGAAAAAGACGCGAUGUCGUGUACCGUGGGAAGAAGACAUUCUCCUGGCCCGCGAUCCGCGCAACCAUAAUCGACCCUACGGUGUAUCUCACAGCCAUCGUCCAGUUCUCUCAUGGUGCCGCAACACUUGGAUUCUCGAUCUUUCUGCCGACAAUCAUUCGUGGCAUGGGCUACACAAAUUUACAGGCCAACUAUCUCACAGUUCCUGUGUACUGCACGGGCGCUAUCUCUGUCAUACUCUUUUCGACCAUAGCCGACAAGUUCCAACGCAGAGCCAUACUUAUCGUGGCGGCGAUGGUGCCUCCAGUCAUUGGAUAUUCGAUCAUCAUAGGAUCUGCCAACAAGGCUGCUGGAUAUGCUGCCAUGUUUAUCGUCGUGACAGGUCUAUUCUGUGUCGUUUCCGUUCUGAUAACUUGGACAUCCAUGAACCUGGCGCCGGAUGAGAAGAGAGCGUUUGCGUUGCCCUUCAUCUUCACCUUUGGAGGUGUGUCCGGUGCAUUGGCAUCUUUUCUCUACCGUACCGAUGAUGCCCCUCGUUAUGUUCAGGGAAACUCCAUUUCAUUGGGCUUGGAAGCUGUAGCUCUGGUCUCGGUCGGUUUGUUGUACCUCUUGCGGCAUAUGCGCAACAGUAAAAAAGAAAAGCUCAGGGCCCAGGGCGUUACCGACAACUCAAAAUAUGGAGAUGAGGCCAUGGACUUUGAGUACAAGUUCUAA